AUGACUUCUUCGCCAGUCGUACCUGGCCAGAUUCUGGCCAGCACAUCUUCAUACAUUCCCGGUCCAGGCACUCACGUGUAUGAGAACAAUAUCCUCGCUUCGAUCCUUGGGCAGUCACUCAUCUCACCAGCGCCAAAUAAAUCGAGCAAGCCAACCAUCUCGGUGCCCCGUCGAGCCACAGCUAUAGCUUCAAUCAGCUCCCUACCCAGAGUUGGCUCCGCCGUUCUCUGCCGCGUCACGAGGGUCCGACAAAGAGAACUUUCGGCCUCAAUCCUGUCCAUCAUCGACCCAUCCUCGUCAGUGUCAAUAUCCGCCAACGAAAUCAUCUCUUACUCCCAGGUAACAGACGACGAGCUCCAAUUCCAAUGCAUCCUCCGGCGCGAAGACAUCCGCACGCACGAAAAGGACAAGAUCGUCAUCAACGAAAUGUACCGCGUCGGCGACAUCAUCCGUGCCACAGUGAUCAGCCUAGGGGAUGAGAGGAACUACUACAUUAGCACGGCCGGGAACGAGUUUGGCGUCGUGGUAGCGACAAGUGAGGCCGGCAAUGCAAUGGUCCCCGCGAGUUGGAAGGAGAUGAAGGAUGCUGUGACUGGGAAGGGCGAGAGUCGAAAAGUCGCCAAACCUUCAUGA